CUACAUUAGAGUUUCAGUAAACACGGAUAAAAAUGUGGAGAAAUACUAAGUGGUUAGACGUCUUUCUUUGCUUGUGUUGUAAAACAGGGGAAGGAAAUCUGCACAGAACACGGCACGUUUUAGUGCGUGUGUGCUGGAAAUAAUUAGUCAGCCACACACUGUGAUCGUUGUCUUCAAGAAACCGUUGGUUUAGUGGGCCACCAACCGGCAGUUUGAUGCCAAAUCUGGAAAUACAACAAGAAGAUAGUCUGGUAUCAAUUCUUGGAACUACUCAAAUCAGCUGAUUCUACAGCGGACCUAUGGGAGAAAUUUAUAACAAAUAAAAUCCCAGGCCUGACGUGUGCUGUACGCCUGCUGUACGCCUGCUGUACGCCUGCUGUACGUCUGCUGUACGCCUGCUGUACGCCUGCUGUACGCCUGCUGUACGCCUGCUGUACGCCCGCUGUACGCCUGCUGUACGCCCGCUGUACGCCCGCUGUACGCCUGCUGUACGCCUGCUGUCCGCCCGCUGUACGCCUGCUGUACGCCCGCUGUACGCCUCUGUACGCCUGCUGUACGCCUGCUGUACGCCUGCUGUACGUCUGCUGUACGCCUGCUGCACGAUGUACGGUCACACAGACGCCACCUUCCAAUGGGAGGACUACCUUGUGUUCAGCGUCAUGCUGGCCGUGUCCUCCGUCAUAGGACUCUACUUCGGCAUCAAAGCCAGGCGCCAAAAGACAGCCAGCGCAGACGACAUGUUGACCGGGAGCGGCAAACUUCCCGUGCUGCCCGUGGCCAUGUCCUUGAGUGCCAGCUUCACCAGUGCCACCACCAUCCUGGGGAUCCCGACAGAGGUGUACACCCGUGGGGGUGAGCAGUGGCUCUGGUGCAUCGGGCUCGUCCCCUGCUUCAUCGUAGUCGCCUACUUCAUCCUGCCCGUCUUCUACAACCUGCGACUCACCAACGCCUAUGAGUAUCUGGAGCUGAGGUACAACCGUCUGCUCCGUGCCGCUGGGUCUCUGCUGUUUUCUGUGAUCAUUUUGAUCUACAUGGCGGCAGUGAUGUAUGCACCAGCCGUAGCUCUCAGUCAAGUGACUGGUCUUUCAAGAGAAAUAUCUAUACUAGCCAUGGGACUCAUAUGUACAUUUUAUACAGCUAUUGGCGGCAUACGUGCCGUGGUGUGGACCGACGCCUUUCAGUUGGUGGUGGUGUGGGCGGGGCUACUGGCGGUCUUGUUCAAGGGGGCAGAGGAUGCCGGGGGGUGGACACGGGUCUGGGAGAUUUCACGACAAGGAUCUCGUCUGCCCAAGUUCGACAUGGACCCCAACCCUUUCAUCCGUCACACAUUUUGGACUCUGUUGAUAGGCGGCGGUACCAACAUGAUGACAGUCUAUGGAGCCAAUCAGGCAAAUCUACAGAGAUAUGCCAGUGUACGGACACUCAGAGAAGCCAAACUCGCUCUGAUCCUCAACCUGCCCAUGUGGAUAUUUUACCUGACCAUCCUGUGCCUGCUGGGUCUAGUCAUGUACGCUUACUACUUGACCUGUGACCCUCUCAGCUUCUCUCACCUCAAGCGUGACCAGCUGGUGCCGAUGUUUGUGCUAGAAACCAUGGGAGUGUACCCUGGCCUACCUGGCCUGUUUGUUGCCACAGUCUUCAGCGCCUCCAUCAGCACUGUGUCCUCUGGGGUGAACUCUCUAGCAGCCGUCACCCUUGAGGAUCUCUUCAAGCCUUGCUACAAGAGAGCCAGGAACGAAAAACCUUCAAAAAGAAUCGCUACCAUAGCAACCAUUUGCCUCACAAUUUUCUUUGGUCUCCUCACAAUUCUACUGACCUACGGAGCUGAGCUGUUGGGUAAAACGGCCCUCACAAUAUCGUUCGGUGUAUUCGGUAUGGUGGGAGGACCGCUGCUAGGCCUGAUCAUGAAUGGAAUCUUCAUUCCUUUUAUCAACAGCUGGGGCGCGGGCGCCGGCCUCAUCACGAGUCUAGUUGCUUGCCUCUAUGUGGGCAUCGACCCCGUGCUAUACCCACCCCCCAGCAAUGAUCUGCCACUGAGAUCUGAUGGCUGCCCCUAUGACAACUCCAGUCUCGUUAGAAUACUGGAUGAGUGGAACACAUCCACUACAGCAUCAUCUUUCACAUCAACUACAGCAGCAUCUCUAAAUGUGUCGUCUGCCACUGUAACCACAACUGCAAGCAGCGAUCACCUUUAUUUAUCCUACAUUCAUUACUCAACGCUUGCAUUGAUUGUGUCAGCAGUGGUUGGUGUCAUAGUCUCACUUCUGACAUGCUGUAACAAAGGUAAAGAAAUAGAUCCAAGAACUUACCUGAACUAUUCGUGGUGCUGUCCAAAGAAGAAAUGCUCCUCGUAUAACAUCCACCAUUUUGAUGAUGCUAACGGACAUAAGCGUAACAACAAUCUAGUCCAUAAAGAAGUCCUUCGUGAGCAAGAUUCCAUCUCUCGAAAUGGCACUGUCACAACCUUAUCAUCCUACUAUACCUACUCAAAUACUACAUUUAAUGAGCAAUGAUUUCAAAGAGCAGUCUUAAGGACCUUUGUCACUGACCAACUUGAUGAUCAGAGUUUGUUUUUA